UCAGACUCUGAGGAGAGCUUGGAGGAUCUCAGAUUCUCCUUUGAGCUCUUUAGGAAAUCUUUUGGCUCAGCUUCCGUCUGUCACUAUAUGGACUUAAAAAGAUGAAAUACAAACUAUCUGGAUUAAAUUUCAAUAGGAAAUGAGUAUCAGUAAUCAGUAAAGUUGAGGUCUUCAGAAUGGAUACUUUAAGAAAAAUAAAAAAUCCAUGGAUUAUUUACGAGACAGAGGUACCACAUGGCCGAUUUUGUGAUCCAGCCUGUGGCGUCAGCCCCGCAGAGAAGCUGUCUUCCAAGCACCUGCAGCUCUUGAGAAAAGCUUUUACCUGUACAAACGCUGGAAGACAUGAAACCCGACCAGAAAUAAUGAGUGGAGGGAACAGUGGCGGGAACGAAGAGCAAGGAAUAAAUUCAGAAAAGUUUUGUGAGGUCAUAAGGUCUGUGAUGGGUCCUGAUACUGUGGACACAUGGGUGGAAAGAUUCUUUAAUGAGGUAGAUAUCUGCUGCAGUGGGCAGGUAAACUGGCAGCAGUUGUGUUCCUACCUGCUGCUGGAGUAUACUGAAAGAGAGCGCGCCUCCAUCCCCCGAGCAGCUCUGCUGGACACACAGCCGCAGGUCAGACACUGCUCCCAAAACAAGCGGGAGCCAACAGUGCGGGUGCUCGCUAUUUCCCGUCCUCCUCCACUCCGCUACAUCAGCGUCAGUAAGGGAGGUCAAGUCACAGUCUGGAACAGCAGCCUACACAUCCUCAAAAGCAUCGGGCUUGUCGGAGACCCGACAGAGGAAGUAACCAACAGGAGGAGAUUCAGAGGCUGGACCACUGAUGCUGUCUAUAUGGGCAAUGUCCAGAAGGUUGCCGUAGCAACUGACUGCAGGGACUUGCAUUUUGUCGAUGUCUCAGCUGCCAGUGUUUUUGAGGAUGUCCAAUUAUUUGGGUUUCGUAGUGUCCCGACUGCUCUCUGUUACUGGCAUGAUGUUCAGCAUCCAGAGCAACCCUCUCUGCUGCUACUGGGGGAUGAAAAAGGAGGUGUCCACCUUAUGCGGUUCCUGAACCCGUCUGGAGGUCUUUUCAAGAGACCGUCCAGGAGAGGGAGGGGCCCGCAGAGGAUCUUCUUCCCUGAUCUCUGUGAUCACAGCGACAUGGUCUCCUACCAUCACAUCGCCAACGUCCACCAGGAACCAAUCAACAGAGUGAUGUUUGAGCCCAGAACUCAAGUCAUCAUGACGUCAUCAGAAAGUGACAACAACUCUGUUGUCUUCAUGAAUGUGACACUGAAGCAGGGGCCUUAUGUUUGGAAAAUUAAGCAGGGAGCUAAAUGUUUCGACUACAAUGAAUCACUGCAGCUGAUGGUGACAGGAGGAUGUGACCGAGCAGUCAGACUGUGGACACGAUUUGUGACCUCGAGUCCUGUAGCGACACUGCGAGGUCAUAGAGCCACUGUACUUGACGUUGCCAUCUAUGAACCUGUUGAGCAGAUUUUCAGCUACUCCAGAGACGCUGAGUUGAGGGUUUGGGACAUUUUCAGCCAUCAGUGUCUGAAAACUGUCCGCCUGCAGCUACCCUGUCUGCAGCCAGGUCGAAUCCCAGAACACGGCAACUUCCCCUUCCUCUUUCCAGGCCCUUCUCUUCCUCAGCAGCAGACACAUUUAAUCGUUGCGUGCAAAGAUUACUUCUCGCUGCUCCGUCUGUCUGACACAAGAAGAGGAGGAGACAAGCGGUUAAAGGAUGAAGGACGGGAAACUGAAAGUGGUCCCGCCCUCUCCUGCGCUGUGUACAACUCCUCUCUGAGACAGGUGGUGAGUGGACAUGUCAACUCGUCUGUGUGUGUGUGGGACGUGGAGACAGGGAGGAGGGGGCUGCACAUUUCUAACGCUCAUGGAGAAGAAGAACUCACCUGUAUGACACUUGACUCCUCCCACAGGAGGCUCAUCACAGGGGCCCGCAAUGGCACGAUAAAGGUGUGGAACUUAUUGAACGGCCUUAACUUGCACAAGCUGGAGCCUGUCACUGAGUCUGAAGUCACUGGAUUGACCUGUCUCCAUGGCAACCAGCUGCUGGCUGUGGGGUGGAGCCAGCGGAUCGCUCAGUACAGCAUUUCAGCCACCAAGGAUUUGUAUGUAAAAGCAGAUCUGUCCUGGAAGUCCUGUAGCGUUCACAAGUCAGACAUCCUGGCUGUUUGUCAGUGCUCUGCUCUCGGGGUCAUUGCCACGGCAAGCCAUGACGGAGAGGUCAUCAUCUGGAGGCUGGAGACACAAGGAGCGGUGCUUCAUCUACGGAGGCCGACACAGAGAAGAGUGCUGCCCCCUGUGGACUGCCUCCUGUUCCUGCAGCAGCGGGCCAGCAGGAGAACGAUGAGAAACAGAGGUGUGCUGGUGUCGUCACAGGCCGGCUGUCUCUGCUUUUGGAGCGUAACCGGACAGACGCACACUUACGGUGUGUUCUGUGCUCUGGAGCAGCCAGCUGAGCGUGUGCUCUGCCUGACCUCAGAUCAGCCUAAAAACAAAAUCCUGGUCUGUGGAGACACCACAGGUCUGCUCCAGAUCUGGGACAUCUCUAACUAUGGGUUAGAGAUUGAAAACCAGGAGGUCUGUGAGUGUCCUCCUCUGCUGCAGUGUUGGAGAGCUCACAGAGGAGCAGUAGUAAGUGUGGAGGUCCUCGAUGUUGCUGACAGGUUGUUCAUUCUCACUGCUUCGGUUGACGGAGCUGCUGGACUGUGGACUGUGGACGGGGAUCAAGUGGGUUCAUUUGGGCAGGAGGUGAUGUGGAACAUUUUUCAACCAGCUACUUACAAGAGGUGA